UGUAUUUCGAGAGAUGCUACGGCUCAUUUAUGAUAUUCUCGCCAUCAAUCGACUAGAACAAUGUCAAUUUUCUCUCUUUGGGUAAACCAAGAGUUAGAAAAGUUGAGAGCCGAUGCACCGUCGACAUGCCGGCCGAGCUGGUAUUAGCCGGAUUAGCAACUGCUGAUCUAGUCAUUAAAUACGGAAAGAUACUCAUAGAACUUUACUCAAGUUUCAAAGGCGCAAAUGCCGAAAUUCGGGAGAGAAUAAUCGCAGUCGAGGCAAGUUGGAACAGGACCCGGCUGCGGAUUAACAUCAUCGAGCGCAUACGUGACACACUCGAUGAGAGGCAUCGGAGGGUGCAGGACGAUAUACUCCAGAUACUAUUCACCAAGCUACUGGCCGCCAAUCAGCAGGCUUCUCGGGUUGUACGGGAGGGCUCAGCCAAGAAGGAUGGGAAAGAGGCCAGAAAGUGGAAGUAUCCCUUGGUCAAAGAGAGCAUCGACAAGGCAAUCAAAGAACUGGACAAUUGGCAAAAGAUGUACGAUCCUUCAUGGUUUCUCAUACUUAGGAUGGCCACUCCUGUUAUCGACGAAGCUCUGGACAAUGAUUUGGAUAGUACAACAGAGAGGAGCAACCCGAUCGCCACGGCGAGGAAUAUGAGAGAAGCAAUGUUAGCAUUUCCCCAGUCGGUAAGCUCUAUCUUCCUCGAUCAGGCCAGUUUAGAUAGGGCGCAUCGCAAGAACAUUCCGUACUCCUCCGCCGAACUGGCGUUCAGGCCUUUGACGCAUCACUCGUACUUCAUCAUCGAUUCGAUUCCAAGCCGGCAAGGGAUACUCCCGGAACUUCUCACGCGUGAUGUGCGGGAACUUGCAAGGAGACUGUCAGCCGCUGAUCCAUGGACAUUUGGACUCCUUCCAUGUUAUGGAGUCGUCAAGGUCUAUGAUCAAGACACUGAAAAUUGCCAUGGCGUUCGGCUUUCUCCUGCAUCCUUCGAUUUUGUAUUUUCCGUUCCACCGGAGCUAAAGAGUCCCCGAAGCCUACGAGACAUCCUUCUCAGGCCAGAUCAGACCAUAUCACUCAGUGUCCGUUUCAGAAUAGCGUGCCUACGGCCAGAGGCAAUCCUUGUCUUUGGCGACAAGGAGCGAGCAUUCGCUGCGACCUUCUUGCUAGGAUUUGAAAAAUUCCAGCUAGCAUUCGGCGGGCACAGCCUACAGGCUGGCGAUUGCGCAUGGGAAAGGAACCUGUAUCGACAUCCUCAACGUCAAGGCCUCCAUCCGGAAGAUUACUAUUCCAUGCAGCACGAUAUCUACGCCCUUGGUGUUUGCCUCCUAGAGAUCGGAUUUUGGAAGUCGUUUGUCGUAUAUGAUGAAGAACGGGCGCGCCCAUUGCCUUCGGAUCUCCUUCCCACUGGCCUCAUUAUUAAGGAUUCCGACGAUGACAACGGAAAUGCUACACUGCUCAAAGGCGCUUUAGUUGACCUAGCAACGGCAAAGCUGCCGAGCCGAAUGGGAGACAAGUAUACUGCCGUAGCGGUAAACUGUCUGACUUGUCUCGAUGCUGAUAAUCCUGAUUUCGGAGAUAAGAGCGAGUUCGAAGAUGAAGAUGGGAUAGCCAUCGGUGUACGGUAUAUCGAGAAGGUUCUGCUGCAACUGAACAAUAUUUCGAUCUAAUGCUUGGUUGUUGUCAUACGGACUAGUGGUUGGUAAAGAUUGGGCAGGGAGAGGGUGGAUUCAGGCCCUUCCAUCCGUUUAGGGAUGAACUUAGCAGGUUACUCACACUUUGGGGGUCCGUCAACGAAUGACAACUGGAGAUACCGUAGGGCGCAAGGCUGAAACGAAGGGCCUUCAGCCUCGUCUCUCCCACCUGCAGUCCUUCCGCCUAACCAAUCCCUUUGCGCCGCCUAUUUUCCUCUUCCAAGCGAGUUGCAUGCCUUUCUGCAUCGUAGUCCGCCAUCACCAUCCGUAGCCUAAUAACCUCCACCUACAAGUAGCAGCCGGCAGAGCAAGCUCAUAGCCCAUACCUCCUAUCAUGCACUAUUGUAGCGUAACAAACUGCUCCCAGCACGCGCUUAGCCCAGGAUAUCCCUGCCGACGCCACAAAUGCAGC